CUCGACUCAUCCGUCUGAGCGCCCGAUUCCAUCAUUCGUAGAAGCAGACCUCAACCCUCCACAAGCCUACCAUUAUCCUAAUUCCGACCGUUCUGCCUUCAUUUACUUCACUCCGACCCAUGUGUAAUCAAUAACUUCUUGCUGUGACCCUGGCUUCCUCUCGACCGGACUAUGCCGACGCCCGAUGAUGUCGUGUCGCCAGCGGAGCACGAGCGCGCAACAUGUCCACCCGAAGAUACACGUACUUCGACUGCUCAUCACGUACUGAGUGAUAGCCGCGACAGCAGCGCCAGCCACGAUGUUGACUCUGCACAACGCCCGCCAAUGCAGCAACAGCCUACACCGCCGCCACAUGGCACGCGCGAACAGUCGCCAACCGAGACACAUAGCAAGCCAUCGAGCGCAAGCAUAGAAACACCAAACAGAGACAUUCCAACACCAAUGACGGCGACCGAUGACGGCCCCGAAGAUCAGCGCGCAUCCCAAGCGUCGCCGCUCUCUGCGAAUGCGCCGGCACCCAUUCGAUAUAACCCAAGUCAUCUUGCUGCUCCGUUUCCUGCUCACCGAUUCCUCCCCAAUUCAUCCUCCUCACUCCUCCGCCCGGGCAGCCGUUUCAAGGGCAGCCAGACCUCCGACCGUCAGCAGUACGAAGUGGAUGUCGAGAUCAAACAUGUUGAUAUGCGCGAGUCGUUCAUGUGCGGAUAUCUGCGCAUCCAAGGUUUGACCGAUGAUCAUCCCAGUCUGACUACGUACUUCGAAAGUGAAAUCAUUGGAAACAAAUACACCUUCGUCACGCAACAUCCCGAGUGGGGCUCGAACGAGAAGGUCGACCGGCAGCAUUGGGCGCGAUUUCCAGCAUACAAACCACUUUCGAAACAUUCGUCGCGGUCAGAAAUCGUAUCCAAGGACUGGAUGCAGAAAGAACAUCUAUUCAUGCGCUGGAAAGAGUACUUUUUGGUGCCAGACCACAGAGUCAAGACGAUCAGCGGAGCUAGUUUUGAGGGCUUCUACUACAUUUCCUUCAACCAGGUCUCGGGCAGCAUUGAAGGCAUCUACUUUCAUGCUAAGAGCGAGAAAUUUCAGAAGCUUCAGCUGGAGCACAUUGAAGACCACGGGUGCCAGGGCGCCUAUGAAUUCUGUUGAUUAUGAUUGCACGAUUUGGCAUACUUUGUGGGAUUAGCAUUUGGGCGCAGCGUGUUUGGGCUUGACUUGAUUUUUGUGUAUCAAACUUUACACCUCACCGGUCUUUACGCAGUGCGCGAUUGAAGGGCGUGGACUCCAUCCUAAAUCGAUCUGAGUCCGACACGUUGUGGUCGGCAACUACUCAAGUCAGAAUGUUGCACACUACGUCAU